AUGAGCUUGUUAGGCGAGAGUAACUUGCGUGACAUUAUUAAACAAGAGCUUUCUUCAGCGAUACAAAAGCAUGUUACGGAACAAUUGAAUAAAAUUAACGAGCAAAUGGCGGGAUUUCUAGAGUCCAUGACAUUUAUUAAUUCGCAAUUUGAAGAAAUCAAAGCAGCAGUAGAAGAAAAGUCUGCUAUUAUAAACGACUUAAGAAAAGAAAACACUCAUCUCCAAGAAUCUGUUAAAGACCUAACAUCUAGGCUUAAUAUAGUCGAAUCGCACAUGAGAGAAUGUAAUGUUGAAAUUAGCGGUAUUCCUGAAUAUAAAGCGGAAAACUUGAUCAAAACUAUGGUACAACUAGGUCAAGCAGUAAAAAGCCCACUGACAGAGGAUGACAUUCAUUAUGUCACUCGAGUUGCUAAGCUUAACAAGAACGCUGAAAAACCGCGGUCUGUCAUUGUAAAGUUACGUACAAUAAAGCAUAGAGACACCCUUCUAGCAGCAGUAGCUCAAUUCAACAAAAAAAAUCCUGAAGACAAAUUGAGCUCUCAACAUCUGGGAAUUGGGGGAUCUCGAGUACCAAUAUACGUAUCUGAGCAUCUGACUCCUACCAACAAAUCCCUACAUGCAGCUACGCGAAUCAAGGCUAAGGAAAUGAAAUACCGCUUCACAUGGAUCAGAAAUGGCAAAAUCUAUGUUCGAAAAGACGAAUUUAGUCAAGCCAUAGUCAUUAAAAACGAAGGUAGUCUUAAGCUGAUCAUUUAA